UCUUCGACCAACGCCAACGACACCCGUUCACUUCCCACUCACGACCUUUAAGAUGGCUGUCCGAACCCACGGUAUCGCCUCUUCGCGGAGCAAGUCUCGCAAGGCACACUUCCAGGCCCCCUCCAGCGUGCGCCGUGUCAUCCUCAGCGCCCCCGUCUCCAAGGAACUCAAGGAGAAGUACGGAAUCCGCUCCAUUCCCAUCCGCAAGGACGACGAAGUCGUUGUUGCCAGAGGUUCGCAGAAGGGACGUGAGGGAAAGAUCACCAACGUCUACCGUCUCAAAUUCUCCAUCUACGUCGAGAAGAUCGUUCGCGACAAGAGCAACGGCCAGAGCGUUCCCAUUCCUCUCCACCCCUCCAAGGUCGUCAUCACCAAGCUGCACCUCGACAAGGACCGUGAGCAGAUCAUUGAGCGCAUGGCGAAGGGUCGUGAGGCUGUCAAGAGCAAGUCGGCUUAAGGGAUUUCUUACGUGUGGGGUACAGGUUCAUGUUGCAAUGGCGGUUGACGGCGCGGGUUCAUUUGAAGGACUCUUGAGAAACGGAGUUUCCAACCUGCUAUGAUCAGGGCAAAGUUUCUGAAACCAGGUGCAUUGCGAUGAAUGAAAAAUGAACAAAAUUUCCUUUUUCUUCUAUCCGGA